AUGGGAACCACCAGAACAAUCAAAGAAAAACUGUGUCCAUCUUCAGUAGCGGCAUGGUUUCAGAAACGCGGUUACGCUGUUUCCGCUUGCCAUCAGCAGAUGAUGCAAAGAGUCGAAUACACACUUGACAUCCCUCUACUUGAAGACAACUUUGAUCGUGACGAGUUUUUCGAGUGGCUUGGAAUUUUCAGUAUUGGUGGCAACUUGGUAAACGAGGACAGGGAGGCCGAAUACGUGUCUUCCUACAAGAACUCAAAUCCGAAGAUGGAGGUCGGGCAAGUUCAGUAUCUGCAAUUCACGGGCUUCCUUACGCGUCAGAAAAUCGAGAAAAUUUUUAACAUGCUGAGGGAAUACGCAACUGCGAAUAAUGAGACGUUGCCGUGGUGCAGUUUGGACGUGCAGGGAUUUGCCGACAGUCCCGUGAGCUGGGGUCUGAAGGAACACAAUUUCUACACGGAUGGAGACAAUAGUUAUACAAUCGUACUGCGUCCUUGUGACCACGGAUAUAUUUUACGAAAGAGUUUAAGCUCAAACAACAAGCCAAAAAUCACGCAAUGA